AUGGCUCUGUAUCGAGUCAUCUGCCGACGGCCUCUCCGUUGCAGGUCACUUUCUCGUUCUCUCCAUUCAUUGCUUCCGCGAGCCAAAUAUCAUGCGAGCUCCCUCGACGCCAGGCUGUCAUCCCAGCAGCAUCCACGGACAGCGCCCCGAACGUUCCCAGCGGCAGGCUUCGACGCCAUCGCGAAAGAUGGGCUCGUCGAGGAAGAGACCGUGCCCGAGUACAACCCGGCACAUUUCUAUCCCGUUCGGCUCGGCGAGGUCUUCAACGAUCGCUUCCAGACUGUGGCGAAGCUUGGCUAUGGCUCCUCCUCCACCAUAUGGCUCGCCCGCGACCUCCAAGAUCGUCAAUACCUGGCCCUCAAGAUCUACAUCCACAACUCGGCUCAACACCGCGAACUGCCAUUCUACCAGCACUUGGACAAGUUUCUUCCGAGCCUGCACCCUGGCGCUAAAAACGUCAGAACACUUCUCUCCUCUUUCGAAGUCACUGGCCCCCAUGGCAAACAUGUCGCCCUUGCUCUUCAGGUUUCUCAGAUGAGCAUCCGUGAUAUGGGUACGGUUUUCAUGGACGGCGCCGGAUUUCCCGAGGAAUUCGUCAAGGGGGCCGUCAAGGAGCUUCUCGAGGCCCUCGAUUUUCUGCACACAGUGGUACAGUCCGUACAUACUGCUGAGACGAGACCAGAUGUCCAUCCCGGCAAUCUGCUACUCGGGGCAAACGACGACGCCCUCUUCCAGAAGCUGGAAGAAAAUGAGCAGUCGAGCCCUGUGCCUCGCAAGCGGCAUGAAGACCGGACCAUCUAUCUGUCCCGCCUGAUGAAGCCCAAGGCCGGGCCACUGCUCCUCUCCGAUUUUGGGGAAGCCAGGCUCGGCCCCGGUCCUCACGCCGGCGACAUCAUGCCCAUCAUGUAUCGAGCCCCGGAGACGCUCCUGUACAUCCAAUGGGGCUACCCGGUCGACAUCUGGAGCGUGGGACUCACAGCGUGGGAUCUCCUCGAAGGAAAGACGCUAUUCAGCGCCCGCAAAGAAGACGGCAGCUUCUCGGACGGAGCACACUUCGCCGAGCUCAUCGCGGCACUGGGCCCGCCGCCCGCGGAGCUCCUUAACCGACACCGCAGCCGGGCGCUCGAGUACUGGGACGAACAUGGGACUUGGGGCGAAUUUGUGCCCAUCCCGACGGAGAAGACUCUCGAGGCAGCAGAGACCAAACUGGAGGACAAUGCCAAGUUCCUGAGGUUCAUUCGCAGAGCUCUUACGUGGGACCCGAAUGAUCGGCCGACGGGGAGGCAGCUUCUACAAGACCCGUGGUUGACGGACUAG